AUGUUCGCCCCCAAGACCUCGGCCGCACCUGGCGGUCUCUCUAUCAACACUGGCUCGGCCAAUUCCUUAUUUGGCGGCGCCAACACACAAACUUCAUCUACACCUGCGACCACGGGGACUACGGGCAGUCUUUUCGGUAACAAUAGUUCAACGCCGCAAAACAAGCCGGCAGGUAGCCUCUUUGGAGGAGGUCUGGGUGGUGGAAACACACAGCAGUCGCAAACCACCGGAUCAAGCAUGUUCUGCGGUCUGGGUGGUCAGCAGCAGCAAAGUGGGACGACUGGUGGUGGUCUUUUUGGAAGUUCGACUGCUGCAACAACACAACCUCAGUCAAGUGGCCUUUUUGGAACUGCUGGUGCCGGUGCUGGCACCAGCACCACGCAGAGUGGAACUACCGGCGGACUUUUCGGCGGUGGACUUGGAGCCAACCCUACGACACAGACUCAGCAAAAGCCUGCCUUUGGCGGUCUUGGCGGCUCGACCACGGGUGGCCUUUUCGGCGGCGCACAAAACACACAGCAACAGCCCCAGCAGCAGCAACAAGCCCAAAAACCCACACUUUCCUUGUUCGGAAAUCAAGGCCCUGCCACCGGGGCUCCACAACCGCUGCAGCAGAAUACAGCGACACCAAAUGUGGUGCCGGGAGUGAAGGUUGAUGUCAGCAAUUUGUUACCAACCACCAAGUUCGACAACUGUGCGGAUGAAAUUCGGAAUCAUAUUGAGAUCAUUGACAACUACAUUCUCAACCAGAUGAAGGUAUGCCACGAGGUUGCGGAUAUGCUUCCUACCAUUGAGAAACAGGGCUCGACCAUUCCCAACGACGUGGAGUUCGUGCAGGGCAAGCUGGAGACUAUUCAACAUGCCUUGGAGAACGAUGCUGGCGACAUUGACCAGCUGCGCGGGCUGGUCGGCCGUGACGCGGCUGAGGCACAGGUUGCGUUCCGGGCCAUUGAUACCCUUAAGCUGCCUCUACAGUAUCAGUCCGCCAGCGGUGGCGGCUGGUGGUCGGUGCAAGAUCAAAAAGUCGAUCGACGGUCUCUGCGGUCUACUCGCAAGAACACCCUUGCCCUUCCCGACGACGUGGAGGGCGACCCUUCCACCGCCACGUCUGUCAACGGCGUACCUGUCAACUUGGUUGACUACUUCUCACAGCGAGCCGAUGAGAUGAGCACAGUACUCGAGCGAUACAAGCGCAACCUCAAGGAAAUCGAGGACCACCUGCAUGGAGUCGAGCUUACACUGAACCGCCAGAUCAGCGAGUUCGUCAGCUCUAAGUCUCGUGACGGUGCAGGUGCAGGGACCCCGAAGUCGGCUGUCAACGAUUUGGCUGCGGUGCUGGGAGACGUCGAGGCUGGUAUCAUGGGAGUCGCAGCCCGAUUGGGAGGUGUGCAGGAGCAGGUGCAAGAGACAAUCCUCGGACCAUUGUCUAUCGGCGAUCGGCUCGGAAUGAACUAA